UCCCUAACUUUUACGUUGCUGAAUUUUCAUCGCGUCCAGCUCAGUAGCGAUCGGCUCCUGAGUUUCGCUCAGGUCCAUCAAGCCCUCUGCCCUCCAAUAUCUCACAGCGAAACCCUAGAACAAUUCGACUGCCCCAAUUUCCCAAUCGCGUCCUAAUUCCUUUCCCAUUUGUAGCCUUCACUUUCAAUUCCACCCUCGCGUCUCCGAUUUACUGCAAUCUUCUGCGGAAAUGGCUUUUCUAGGAUUGUAGGGUUUCCCACAUCGACUUUGCUAGUUAACGAAACCACACUGUACCAGUUCUUCACCAAGCUAAUCAAAAUCGCUGAUAUGGCUAUCAGGGUUACCUUUAGCUUCUCCGGAUAUGUCGCCCAAAACAUCGCCUCCUCGGCCGGCCUUCGGGCCGGCCAUUGCCGGAAUUUCCAGGAGUGCUGGAUUCGGUCCCGGAUCUUCGGCCCGAACCAGAAGUCCGAGGUGGAUCCAUCCACCACGGUGCGCAACUACCACUCCGAUAUCCGGCGGCCGAAACCGAAACCGGGAUCGAGCCACUGGGCCGAGGGCUCGGCCUCUCUUUACGCGACUCUCGCCGGGGAGAUACUCGGCGAUAGUUGCAAGAGCCCGAUCGUCUUGGGCCUGAUCUCGAUGAUGAAGUCGACGGUGUGCGCGUCGGGAUCGUCGGCCACGGCGAUAAGCGUUUUAGGCAUCGCGCAGUUCAAGGCCUCGUCAAUCGUGCCUUUCUUUCAGGGGUCAAAGUGGCUUCCUUCCAACAACGAGUCUGCGAGUGGGGUUGUGGAUAAAGGUGGAACAGCGCAGUGUUGUGAGAUUGCGGAGAGCGAGAGUGAUAGCUCAUUCGAACGCAAGGCGUUGGAGAAGAGCGGUUGGUUGUCCAAGAUAUUGAAUUUCUGUUCGGAGGACGCUAAGGCUAUGUUCACUGCAGUGACUGUGACCUUGCUGUUCCGGUCGUUCUUGGCGGAGCCAAGGUCGAUUCCGUCGUCUUCUAUGUGUCCUACUCUGGAUGUUGGUGACCGAGUUUUGGCCGAGAAGGUAUCAUAUUUUUUCAGGAAGCCAGAGGUUUCAGAUAUAGUAAUUUUUAAGGCACCUCCAAUCUUGCAGGAAAUUGGUUAUGGUUCAGGUGAUGUGUUCAUUAAAAGAGUGGUAGCAAAGGCUGGAGACUAUGUCGAAGUUCGUGAUGGGAAAUUAUAUGUGAAUGGUGUUGUUCAGGAUGAAGAUUUCGUUCUAGAGCCACUUGCUUAUGAAAUGGAUCGAAUGCUUGUGCCUGAAGGUUAUGUCUUUGUGAUGGGAGACAAUCGCAAUAACAGUUUUGACUCUCAUAACUGGGGUCCACUUCCAAUCAAAAACAUUUUAGGUAGAUCAGUGUUUCGAUAUUGGCCUCCAUCCAAAGUAUCAGACACCAUAUAUGAACCUCAUGUGGGGAUGAAUGCUGUAGCAAUCUCAAGGCUGAUUCCAGCUCCACUUCGAGAAGACCUUGGAGAAGAAGCGCUCCAUAGACCUCCAAAACAAGGAGCUCCACAAGCUCUUCUAGCUCUUCUACGUCUUCGUGGGCCAAACCCUCCGGUGCAUCAACGGGUUCAAAUUGUAGAGAUAGAGAGUGAAAAUGAUUCCUUUUUGUGUUCUCUAGUGACUGGUGUAGUGGGCGUUUUCCAACGAGUUGUUGAGUUGUUGGAGAUGAAGAAAAAAUUAUCCCAAAAGAGCGAGGGAGGGGGAUUACUAAACGGGGAAGGGUCGGAAGUGGAAGCCUCCUGGAGCGAGUCUGUUGACGACACAACCAUGACAUUGAUGACAAGCCGUGGUCCUGUACCCCUGUCCCUUCUCCUCCUCCUCCUCGUCCUACACCUCCACCUUCCAACACCAAUUCUAUCUUUCUCUCCUUUAAACGCCUCGACCUCAGACUACCGCCGCCUACAGGAUGUUGUGAAGAGAAUAACGGUGGCGCAGAGGUGGGAUUCGAGGGAAGUCAGGGUGUCGAGAUUGGAUCUGAGAAACGUCCGGGUUGGGAGUGCUCCACGGUACGAGGUUCGGGUCGGGUCGGGCAGGACCCAGUUGCUGGUCAAGUUCUCCGACGAGGUGGGUUCCUGGAAGAAGUUCAGAAAUGGGAAAAGCGAUUUUGGGUCUUUGGUGAGUGAGGUUGGUGCUUUGGGUUUACUUGAUACGUUCAAAUUGGAGGGUCCGUUUGAGUUGCGGGUCGGUGGUGAUGACAAGCUUUCGCUGUUGUUGCCGAUGAACACUUCACAUAAUGGUUUGACUCGAAUACUUGUUGGUGAAGGCAUCACAGUGGAAGUGAGAAGAGCUCAAGAAGUCUCUCUGUUUCACCCAUCCGGUCUUGGUUUAUCAGUGAAUAGAAGUCUUGUGAUUGACAAGGAGAAAAGUGAAUUUUGGCCCUUUUGGCAUUCUAUGUGCAUCCCAUUACUUCCUAUACAAGUUUUAGGGGCUGUAUCACUGGUUGCUUAUAGGACUCGAAAUGCUGAUGCCCACAUUGAAACUACAUUAAUUCCCAAGGACACGAUUGAGUUGCUGCCGGAAAAGUGUUACAAUAGUCAUGUCUACAAGAAGUGGACUUGCCCCAUUGAUUCUUUAAGCUCAAGAAUCGCUGUCCUGGAAAGGGUUUUGAGCAAAUUUCUUGGCGAUAGAAUUCAUCAAAAUGGGUCAGGAUUCCUCAAAACUAAGAUUAAGGCUUCUGCUAUCAUUCGCUUCCGGCUAGAACUGGAAAGAGGUGUCAGAAACAACGACACUCUCCAUGGUAAGUUGGCGGAGUGGAGAACAAGGCCAAGUGUUGAACGAAUAUGGUUUGAGGCCCUGGCAAGAGUCGACGGAGAGAGGCUGAAGCCCCUUUUGGUUAAGAAGGUGAAUCCUUUCAUUGUAGUAGAUUCAGUUUCAUGGAGUAAUUUAAUGUCCAAUUUAUCUUUUACACAGUUGCAAUCUAUCCUUGUCCCUCCCAACGCGCUAACACUGGAUGUGAAGUGGUAGGAUGAGGGGUUGUAUCAGAUACGUGUAUAAAGAGCACUGUAUAGUGAUUUUGUACAGAGGUUCAAAUUUUUAACAGGAAAACGAUACAGUGAAAUAAUUAAUGUGCUUUCGUUUGA